GAGCAAACUGUACGCUGUCGUCAGUUCCGUUACGCGUUCCUUCUGGUUUCAUUAAAAAAAAGGGGUAGACAGGAGAUUAUUUAGGAAGACAGGCGCAGCUGGAAUAAGGCUCUGGUCGGCUAUGUCGUGGACAUAUUCGUGAACUAGAGCACUACGUUGUUUCGGACUGACGGGUUUUCCCUCGGACUGACAGAAGACCCGUCGGUGUCCUCUAAGCCGCGCGCUCACUGGGAUGCGCUGCUAGCUUGUCGUUAGCUCGCUCGCUAGCUUCCCCAACUGCUCCGGGCUUGUUUUUGUAGUUGCUUUUUUUAAACGACGCGACCAAGCGCACCAACGCUACAGUGCCCGUGGGAGUAGAUCCAGCUGUGACAUUUACCCGUUAAGCCUGCUCUGCAAUGUGAAAACCAUGUGGAGGGUCAUUUUCCACCAUCAUCCGUGGCUCUUGUCACGCACACACCAUUAAUUAUUUUCCUUCCAAGCCAAAAGUAGGAGCUAUAUUACUACUUGUUCGGCACUUUGUUAUGCUGAGUAAGUGUAGUUUCCUGUUAGACUGAUCAGACGAUGUUGAUAUAUUCAUUUCGUAAUCCCCUCUCUUGUCUGGCUGUUCAGCGAAUGCUUUGCUGCUAACAUCCCAACCUUUCAUAGGGUGCAGAGUGGCCACUUCAACAAGGCGGCUCAUUGUAGUGGGCCGGGGGGGGCUUUCAUAGACGUAGUGCAUUAUGACCGACAGCAUUAUGAGUAAAGCUGCCACAAUGGAGAUUCCCAUCAACAGUAAUGGAGACACAGGAACUCUACCAGAAGACGACAGCCUGGAACAGGCUGCAAAACUGCAGUGGAGCUUAGAUGAGAAGGUAGGGAGCUCCAGAGGCACCAGGGACCUGCAGCAGGUGAUGGUGUCGGGUCCCAAUCUGAACGAGACCAGCAUCGUAUCGGGGGGUUAUGGAGGAACAGCAGAGGGAAUCAUCCCCACCAGCUCCAUCAAAGGUUCCAGCAUGCACCACAGCAGCAGCAGCUCGUCGAUGGCGGCCGACGAGGCCACCCGCGGCGUGGCUGUGGAAAAGCUAGAAACAGUGAAGAAGUGGGGACUCAACACUUACAAGUGCACUAAGCAAAUGAUCUCUGAGCGCUUCGGUCGGGGUUCCCGCACUGUGGACAUGGAGCUCGAGGCUCAGAUCGAGGUGCUGAGGGACACUAAAAGGAAGUACGAGAGUGUGCUGCGAUUGGCCAGAGCGCUGACUAACCACUUCUACAACAUGGUGCAGACCCAGCAUGCACUGGGGGACACCUUUGCUGACCUCAGUCAGAAAUCUCCAGAGCUGCGGGAUGAGUUUGGCUACAACGCAGAGACACAGAAGUUGCUGUGUAAGAACGGGGAGACUCUCCUCGGUGCCAUUAACUUCUUUGUGUCAAGCAUCAACACACUGGUCAACAAGACCAUGGAGGACACCCUUAUGACAAUCAAGAUGUAUGAGAGUUCCAGGCUGGAGUUUGAUGCCUACCGGUCAGACCUGGAGGAACUGAGUCUGGGGCCGAGGGAUGCAGUCGCCAUGGCGCGCAUAGAUGCUGCUCAGCAGCAGUACCAAAUCCAGAAGGACAAAUAUGAACGCCUCCGCUCAGACGUCAUCAUUAAACUCAAGUUCCUGGAAGAGAAUAAGGUGAAGGUGAUGCAUAAGCAGCUCCUCCUCUUCCAUAACGCCAUCUCGGCGUACUUUGCUGGCAACCAGCAGCAGCUGGAGCAGACGCUGAAGCAGUUCAACAUAAAGUUGAAGCCUCCCGGGGACGACAAGCCCUCCUGGUUAGAGGAGCAGUGAGGAGAUCCGCCCCAAACCUCCCGCAGCCGCCUCUUCGACCACCUCCACCCGUUACCGUUUGAACACCCAACUUUACAGGGGACGUCUGCAGGGGGAAAACGUGCGGCUAGAUGAUUGGACGGAUGGAUCGCAGGGUAUUAUUUGGUAUUAAUGGGCAACAUGAAGCAGGGAACCAAGCGGCCAGUUCUCUGGAGAGACCGGGUGGGUGGGGCUUAUAGUGCCUCUCCCCAACUUCCAUUUUUUUUUCCCCCCACUCGGACUUAUUCUUUAUACUUUGUUCACCCCCCCCCCCCCCCCCUCCGAUCUAACUCCUGUAAAUGUCAUCACUAUUUUGCUGUGUCAACUUUAGUCAUGGUCACCAUUGUUCUCCUCAAGUGCUAACUUGUGCUCAGAGUUAAACUUCAACCCCGCACCAUCUUGGGUACAGAGACAAGAUGACAAAAGGAGACGGCGACAAAUCCAUUAAAACACCCUCGGAUGUGACCAAACGCUGCGUCAGAAACUCUUCCAGACCGUUUCACUCUCGUCGUGUGCCUCUUUAUUUGUGCGCUGACGCACUAGAUGAACACGUGGCCUGCAGGAAGAACGAUAAGUUCAGAAAAACAGGUUUGAAACUCCACAAGAAGGGGAUUCUACACUGGAAAGGAACGCUUGAGUAUUUCCAAUCAAUGUACAUUUCAAAUGAAGUACUAUUUAACAUUUGAAAUAGAAUGAUUGUUAUUUGCUUAUACAACGGAAACACUACUGUGUUAAGUUCAGUUUUUGCUGUUUGUUUGAUUUGUAAUUAUUAUUAUGUUGUGCUUCAGAGAGACGCACAGUACACUGUUUGUCGGCUGGUGCUUUAGGGAGAAAGUACCAAAAGACGUAGUCUGCAAUUCUCACUAAUGCUACAGAUUUCAAUUGUUUUUACAUCAACUCAGAUAUGCAACGAUUGUUUAGUGAACACUGCCACCGCUUUCCAAAAGGUCCCACUGGUUGGGAUCUGUACUAAUGAUCUUUUAUUUUCCCAAAGAUAAUUGAGAGACAUGUUUACUGUCAUUUCAGUGGUUGCUUAAGCAGUUUGCCUUUGGACUGACGAGGGUUUGAAGGACAGUUGAACCACGCUAGAUGGGCGUCAGUCAGGCGGUUAACAUACAACAAACUUCACUCCUUUUUCUUUGAAAAGGAAUUAAUUCCAUAUUUGUUUCACAUUCUUACAUGGAAAUGUGUUUUUGCCUUUAAAGAUAACGAGGACACGUCAUUGACAUCUAGGGUCUUAUCGUUCAGGCUCCCUAAAGCAGAAUAUAUUUGUCUAUGGUUCCCUUUCUUCACACUGAAGAUUACUUUUCAAUAUUCCUAAUCCUAAUAUUUCUAACAUCAAACUUGUAUAGUAGUUGGGCGAUGUGAUAAAACUACUUAUUCAUUAUUUGUUUAAUGUCCUUUAACUGAAACGUUGUCUUUAGUAUAAUAAACAAUCAUCUAUUGUUGACAAUUAGAAGAUAUUACUGCAAAAUAUCGGCAUGGUACUACAAAUGUAAUGUGUAAUGUAAUUUUUAUGCAUCAAUGUAUUCUGUUCAUUAUAUCUGUUGAUCUGUUGGAAUCAACGUAUCUGCAAAUUACUGGAAUUAUGAGCAUGACGCUAAUGACGUUUUUGCAGCUAAAGAGCGUGUAGGAUAUUCUCACGUGUGUUAACAGAUUCUGUAAUUGAUAUACUCCAAAAAAUAUUCCUACACCAACUGAUCACAAGUAGUUCUGUUUUCCAGUGUUGCACCUCUGAAGUCCGCUGAAGAUGAUCCGGUAUAAUGAAUGUUUUAUCACGCUGAAUUGAUCUCAGUCACUGCGUCUGUCCUCCUCCUUGUCGUCUCUGUAUUUGCAUGGCAGGCAGCAACCCAAAGUACAGGUGCGUAUCUGUGUGGACGCACUGAUGCUCUGCUCUUGACCGUCUGCUCGCAUGGACUGGCAUGGCGUCGUGCUCACGGUUGUUGAUUUUUUAUUUAUUUUUUUUCAAAUCGUAAUCCCGGCUGAAGCGAAAUCCAAAAUUUGGGUUUCCUUUGAAUUGUGCUGAGGACAAUUAGAUUUAGAUUUUUGAUGAAAAGGUGAUUUUAAGGAAUUAAUUGUGUGAUUUUGGUUUGGCUUGAAUUUUCUGAGCGCGUAUCGGUGGGUGUGUUUUUUGAACGAGUCGCCCAGUAAGAACCGGGCCUCACCGAUUAUCUCCUGGUCCGUUUGAUCGUCGUACAGCAAUAUCAACAAAAUGUGACUCCUCUUUUCCAAACCUGCCCGUUUCAAAUUCCUAACCCCAACAACCGAAAUGAAUGGCAAUAGGAUAUUUCUUUUGUUCAGUAAUUGUGAAACCUCCAUUAAAUUGAAAAAAGUGUGACGAGCAUUUAUUGUCACUCUUACUAGUGGUCUGUAGAUUGUUGUUGAGAGAGAACUGAGAGUUUAUAAAAUGAGAUAUUUUAUUUGUGUACAAUCAAUAUUUUGUAGUCUGAGCUGGUGUAUUGUACUGUAUGAAUGAUUGCAUAUAAUGAUAUUUAAGAUAUAAAUGAAAUUGUCAUUGAUUGAUGUGAUACUUCAUUCUGCACUCCGACCUGAAAAGUCCCACCUGACCCCGAGGGAAAAAAAAUUAAAGUACACAUUUUCAAAUGG